AUGUCAUCACUCCAAAUGGCCUGAACAUCAAGAAAUUCUCAGCCAUGCACGAGUUUCAGAACUUGCACGCCACUUGUAAGGCUAGGAUCCAAGAGUUUGUUCGAGGCCAUUUCUAUGGCCAUCUUGACUUCAGCCUUGAAAAGACCUUGUUUUUCUUCAUCGCCGGGAGAUACGAGUUUUCAAACAAAGGAGCCGACAUGUUUUUAGAGGCCUUGUCUCGACUGAAUUUCCUGUUGCGGGUACACAAGAGCGAUGUUACCAUUGUCGUGUUCUUUAUCAUGCCAGCAAGUACUAACAAUUUCAACGUGGAAACCCUGAAAGGCCAGGCCGUCCGGAAGCAGCUCUGGAGGUAUGACGUCCAUACCGAUGCAACACGUCCUACGUUCACACCAAGGAACCACGGCCUGAGUCCACUUCCUGGGGUGAUCUUGCACCCUGAAUUCCUUUCUUCAACAAGUCCAUUGCUACCAAUGGACUAUGAAGAGUUUGUCAGAGGCUGCCAUCUUGGGGUAUUCCCAUCCUACUAUGAGCCCUGGGGUUAUACUCCCGCCGAGUGCACCGUCAUGGGCAUUCCCAGCGUGACCACCAAUCUCUCUGGAUUUGGCUGUUUUAUGCAGGAGCAUGUAGCUGACCCAGCAGCUUAUGGUAUUUACAUUGUGGACCGGAGACACCGCUCUCCGGACGAGUCUUGCAACCAGCUGACGCAGUUCCUAUAUGCGUUCUGCCAGCAGUCACGUCGGCAAAGAAUCGUCCAGAGAAACAGAACGGAGAGGCUCUCAGAUUUGCUGGACUGGAGAUAUCUGGGCAGGUAUUACAUGCAUGCCCGGCACUUGGCUCUGAGCCGAGCAUUUCCCGAAAAAUUUGAGUUGGAACCGAACGCUCCUCCAAAGACUGAGGGAUUCCGGUUCCCCCGUCCUUCAUCGGUACCCCCUUCACCCUCCGUGUCUCAGCACAACAGUCCCCACCAAAGCGAUGAGGACGAGUCUGAAGAUGAGGACGAAAGGUACGACGAAGAGGAAGAAGCCGAGAGGGAUAGGCAGAACAUAAAAUCUCCUUUCGGCAUCAGCGCUGUGCCCCCAGGGAAAAAGAAGCAGCACGGAGAAUACAGGAACUGAGCGGCUCUCUUUGCUCCUAGCUUUGCACGAGCACCACCCAUCCGACCAUACCUGUACCACCUUGAAGAUCAAAGGGCUUGCAACAUGACAUUAGGGGGAGUGUCCAUGAUGAUACAUGAGCUAAAUGUCUGAAAUAUCUCGACUUCCC